AUGAAAAUUUCAUCCAGUUCAUCGCUUCUCUUUGCUACUCUCGCCAUUUCGUCGUCGUCGUCGAGUCUCGCUGCGCCUACUGGUGAUACUUCCCAGGCUGAAACUUCACUCCCAUCGUCCUCGAGCAACCACCAUAUAGCGUCGCGGCGCGGCUCUUUCAAUAUGGCUAGGUCAGACGCGGAAAGUGCAAGAAAUGUUGUACAGAAGCGCGACAAUAUUAUCGGCACCAUCCUUUGUCCCGUAGAAGGCCUUCUUCCUCUCGUUGGUUCACUUCUCGAUCCAAUUAUCGGAAAUCCCUGUUCCUUGAAUGGUGCCGCAUCAGCAAAAACGGUGGAGGAUUCAGCAGUCAACGGGCAGUCUCCGUUGGGCGCUUGGGACAAGGCAGCUUCGAGCGCACCUUCAACGCCAUCACCGCCAGCGCCGCCUAACACGCCAAAGCCUCCUAUAGACGCUACGGUGCCCGCGUCUUCGCCCUCUUCUCCCAGUCCGCCCUCCCAGCGGCGAGAUGUUUAUGGUCGCUCGUUGCCGCCAAGGGCUGUUUCUGCAGACGCCGACCAGAAGCCAUCGGAUCCCGCUUCAUCCGCCCCUCCUGCGACAGAGCCAUCCAAUACGGAAGAUGGUCCUACUGAAGACAAUUCAAACCAACCGUCCGCUGGCGCGCCCACCGCCGAGACUGCAGGAGCGUCUGUCAACCCUCCCAAUCCUCCAGAAACACCCGCUGGCGCCCCUGUCAAACCCAACGCACCGGUCGACUCUUCCAAAGCCAAAGCGCCGGUUGGCCCUUCGGAAGCCAACCCUCCUGUUAAACCUUCACCGCCAGGCCAGGUACCGGUACCAGAACCAGCACAAGGCAAAAUUCCGAACUCACCAGCUGGAACGCCGGGUCCUGCGCCUUCGAAGCGGGACAGUGGUGUGCCUGAGUGGUGAGACGUUUAGCUGGGAAUUUUCGUACGACGCUAUCAUUGUAUCUGUAUUGUCUUAGCUGGACAGACGCUCGUUAUUUUACAUACCCUAACUAAAUUUAAUGUUGUUCUUUGUGUAGCACAUGAGGUACAUGUCCCUUCCAGAAAACGUCGCAUCACACAAGCUUGGCGUUCAGCUUCUCAUCGUUCUAUGGACGUAAUAGCGUGUAAAAAAUCACGU